GCUAGAGUUGAUAUAUUCGAAUCUAACAGGCUUGCCCGUAAUGUCGCAGAUGAUAGUCUUCUUCAUUCCACUGAUCAUGUCGGGUCAAACAGGGCUAACUUUGAAAAAAAUAAUUUACCAUUUACGCGAAGAGAACAAAUGCAUUCUGAUGGGUUUGAAGACCAUUUGUUAGGCUUUAAUGAUGCUCCAUCUGCAGUGGAUUCAUCACAUCUCCGAGCUGGAUUAGGAUCUAAACUUGGUGGUUUAAAUGGAUCUGCUGAAAUUGGGCUUCCUGAAGAGGAUAGUUUGCUUGGUGUCAGCAAUCCUGUGAAGCUCCAGAAUUUCAUGGCUGGUAGUGUAAAACCAGAGCUAUUGCCCUUCCAAGGGGCACCGGUUGACGUAGCUGAGAAACUAGCAGCUUUAAAGGCUGUCUUCAAGGAUGAAAGACCUGUUGUGGGAGAGAAAAAAGGUCAACCUUUUCCUCCGGGUACUUAUGAGGUGAGGGGGCCAGAUAUUCCAUUUCAUAACAAUAAUAUCCAAGCUUCUUCUCCACACCUUCGUCCUCAAUUGAAUUAUGGAGGUCCUUUGUUUCCUUCAUUAGAUUCACAUCCUUCUAAAAUUAGUUCUCAGAUGAAGUUCAUGUCUCCGGAAGGCAUCAUCCAUCAUGAUGUCCCACCAAAUCAUCAAUUUCCUGCAAGUAUGCUUCGUCCUCUCCAUCAUCCUAGCAGUGGACUAACUGGAUUUGAUCCUUCAAUUCAUCAUCCUAUGUUACAGCGAACGCAUAUGCCUGGAAACUUCCCUCCACCCAACUUGCAACGAGGAUUUUCUUGUGUUGAACCGCCGCCGCCUCAUUCAAAUAAUCGGAUGACUGGCUUGCUACCUGAAUUGAAUCCAAUGCAUCGUUUACAAUUGGGGCCUGGUCACCGGCAUCUCCAACCCAACUUUGCUGGUCUUGGAAUGCCUCCUGGACAUGACGUUGGCAGUGGGAGCCAUCAUCCAGAGGCAUUGUCAGAGUCUUAUUGAGAUGGAACUCAGGUCCAAGUCAAAGCAGAUCGACCCUUUUGGUGCAUCCGGCCAUAGUCAGGGCCAAGGGAUGUACGGUCACGAGCUAGACAUGGGUUUUCAGUAUAGAUAAUGAGUUUUGGUUGUAGUUUUGCCAAUGGAUUGUUUCUCUCCCAGAAUUGAGGAUAGGUUUGAUGUUCUCAACUCUGGAGGGGAUUACUGUGGCUCACUAUAAUUAAAAUGAUUAUUAUCACACUUGAAA